AUGCACACGGAAGAGUACGGCGAAGGAGAGGUGCUCACGGGGGCGGAGCUUUACCUCUACCUGUUGCGCCAAAACGAAGCACAGCUGCUGCAAGCGCAGGAGAAGCUGCGCGAGUACGCGACCCUCAAGGACACCCUUCACGUCCUGACGGAGCGCAGUCGCAGACGCGUGUUGGCCCCUGUCGCUGGUGGCCUCGCCUACUAUGCUGCGGAGCUGAACGCGACGAACACCGUCUUGGUAUUACUGGGCGACGGCUGGUUCGCGGAGCGCAGUGCCAUUCAGGCCGCAGAAAUCGCUGGUCGGCGCGUUGACUUCCUGCGUCGGGAGGCGGAGGUCCUGCAGCAGGAGCAGAACACUCUCAGGGCGAAGCAGGAGCUAUUCAUGUCGGAGCUGCCCGAGGCACAAGAGGCCGUGGCGGAGUUGCUGGCGGCGAGGGAGACUGGAGUGCCGGGUGCCCAGUCGCCGUCGCAGUUUUCGCCGGCAUCCCAGAUACCGCAGCCGCCAUCGCAAGAAGCCGCGCCUUCCUCCGGGUCUGUCGCACUGGCAAGCGCGCCUGACCGCUCCGGCACACCCGACGCGGUGCGUCCCGCUGCGUCUCCCCGCUUCGCUUCAUCCGGAAGCUGCCCAGCCCUGCUCCCAUCGUCGACACCACCAACCUCGAGAACACCACCCACAUCCUCUGGGUUGCCGCUGGACUACUCUUCUAUCGACGUGGCGCUCACCACCUUCGAUGAGCAGGACGAGCUCACAGAAGACGAGCUCAUUGCGCUGGAGGCGGAGCUGGGUGACCGCGUCAACGACGACGACUUUGUGGAGCGUGUCAUGACGGAGCGCAUGAUUGCCAAGAAGGAGAGGCGCAUCCGCGCAGAGCUGGAACGGCGAAGCGGCGGUGCGGCUGCGCUCGAGAACAGGUCGAAGGCCUCGGAGGGCGCACUCGGGCCCGCCUUACGCCCCACCUCCGCUUCGGCAGCGGCACCAACUGCCACUGCUGCUCCCAGGUCACAUGGUGCUGCGUCUGCCGCAGUCGCCAGUGCCGCAGACAGCAACGGAUCAUCGGUUAGCAGGCAAGAGGCAGUGACCUAUCGAACCCCCGGCGACAUUGGUGGGAUGGCGGCGAGAUCUCUGGCGCCACCCGGCGCGCCCGCCGACGCGCCUCCGGCAGCGCAAGCGACGGCUUCCUUUUCUCUUAACGAGUUCGUGAGCGAGCCUGCACCGACAUCGUCUCUUUCGACGGCUGCUCUAACCUCUGCGCGGCCCCUGACCAGUGCGGCGCUGGCCGAGGUGGAUGUUUCGUCUGCGGCCUCCUCCUCGGCUUCGCGGCCGAAGCCGUCUCGCCGGAAAGAGCAGCAUGUGCGAUUUGCUGCCGACGUGAAGGAUACAAGUAGCUCGUCCUUGGUGACUGCUGUGGCUGAGGCCAGGCGGCCCCAAGUGGUGAACGCCCCUGGUCAACUGGGCUCGUGUGAUCAGCGUAUUAGUGCCGAAAAAGCCCCAGGGUGCACACCAUCGCUGCUACGGAGCACCUGCAUCAUUGGGGAUAUUGUGGAGUACAACGAGGGGACGGCGAAUGGUGGUGGUAGUGGUGCUGCUGCUGGUGCUGCAGUGGGUUGUGGCGUCGCAUCCGUCAUGCCACCGCCGCUCCUCCUUUCUGGCCAGCGGCAGAAGCCAAAGCGCAAAUCGCUCUUCAUGCGAGAGUUGGAGGGCGACGGAGCGUGA